AGCGCGCGGCGCGGCGCGAGAGGCGGACCAGGUGCGCGCGUGUGUCCUCUCUGAAGGGACUUUUGAAAGAUGAAGGAGCAGCCCCCGUUGAAAUCGCAAACACUUUAAUUCGGGCUGCUCGGACCCGCAACUUAAUCGUGAUUAACCGCGGGGUUGGCGCCGCGAGGACGGCGACACUCGUCACCCCGGGACCGGCGUGAAGCCUCACCGCGAGCCCCCCCCGUCGUGCACUGGGACUAACUCUGUGUGACAGCUGCGCGAGACGCGAGGAAGACAGUGGACCCCGAGAGGACAAGCGGGGACGGACGGACGGACGGACCCCCGUGAAGUUCCCCCACCCGCGCGUCAGCCUCGCUUUUUAAGGAGCCCGGCCGACCGGAGAGAAAAGUCUUGGGGAGGCUGGCCCCCGUCUCCAGCGCGCUGGCUCCCCGCAUCUCCUGAUGGACUGAAUAUCUCGGACCGAAAUGAUGCCCUGUAUCAUUUUCAUCGCCUUGUUUGUCACUGCAGCCCGAUCCCAAGAUGUUCAUCCCUCACAGGCAUCAUCCUCUAUUACUGAGUCUUGUGACUCCUUGUGCUCCUGCGAGGGGAAAGAUGGCAUCCUUCAUCUUAACUGUGAGCAGAGAAACAUCAGCAAAAUCUCCCAAAUCAAAGUCCCAUCAGGUGUGCCCUUCCACCUGAACCUUUACAAAAAUGACUUAGUUGAGCUCCGCGCAGAGGAAAUGGAAGGGCUUAAGAAUGCCCUUUCGCUGCACCUUGGGGGUAAUAGCAUACAAGAGCUGGAACCGGGGGUCUUUAGCACUCUCGGUUCACUGAAAAAACUCCACAUAAAUAGCAAUUUCCUCGUCACUCUAAAAGAGGACACUUUUCAAGGCCUGGUGAAUUUGGAGUUUCUCCAAGCUGACACAAAUUUCAUUCGGGUCAUCGAGCCAGGGGCCUUCAAUAAACUGAUCCGCCUCAAGGUCCUCAUUCUGAAUGAUAAUUCCAUCGAGUUUUUACCCAGCAACAUUUUCCGGUUUGUGCCCCUCACACACCUGGACUUACGUGGAAACAAGCUCCAGACACUGCCUUAUGUGGGGUUUUUGGAGCACAUCGGACGGAUAAUGGAACUUCUCCUGGAGGACAAUGACUGGGUCUGUGACUGUGAUAUUUUACAUUUAAAAAUCUGGAUGGAGAACAUGAGGGCACAGUCAGCAAUUGGGGAUGUAGUCUGUAGCACACCGCAUCACCUUAAGGGAACCAUUCUGGCUAAAGUGAAGCGGGAUGUUCUGUGCCCGUCCCAUGCAGAUAUUAACCUGGAAGAGCCAUCAAAGUCGCUGGAUAUGGUUGUUACUCCAUCAUCCAAAGUGUCUCAGAUUCCAAAAUUGAUGAAUGCCAAAGAUGAUGCCAAGGUACCGACACCCUCUCACUUUCCCAGCAGUCCUUGUGUGGUACACUGUUCCUGUCACAGUCACCCUGUGGCUGGGUUUUUGAUGCAUUGUCAGGACAGAGGAAUUCAAAAGGUGUCAGAUAUCGGAAUACUUCAGCAAAGCCCCACUAAACUGGUCAUGACAGGAAAUAUGAUUCAGAAACUCUUGAAAUAUGAUUUUGUCACAUACGAUAGUUUAGAAUUGCUCAACUUGGCGAACAACAGAAUUGAUUACAUUGAUAAUGAAACUUUUCUCAGCCUGAGCAGUUUGAAAAAACUGUAUUUGAAUGGUAAUAGAAUUGAAAACCUGUUCUCCACAAUGUUUGUGGGGCUCCACAACCUUGAAUACCUGUAUCUGGAAUACAACCUUAUCAAAGAGAUUGCUCCAGGCACAUUUAAUCCCUUGCCAAACCUGAAGCUGUUGUCAUUAAAUAACAACCUGCUCAGCUCUCUUCCAGCACAGAUAUUUCGAAAUGUGCCCCUCACCAAAUUAAACCUGAGGAAAAAUCAACUUAUGCACCUGCCGGUGAGCAACGUGCUUGAUCAACUGAACUCACUAGAGCAGAUUUAUUUAGAGGACAACCCCUGGGACUGCAGCUGUGACUUGCUCAGCCUCAGACAAUGGGUGGAAAAACUCAGAAAGGACACUGUGGUGGGCUCCAUUCUGUGUCACACCCCAAAGAACCUGAUGCAGGCUGAGCUAAGAAGUCUUCGUCAUGAGAUGCUAUGCCCCGGUUUAGGGACUUACUACCCUAUGUCCCCAGGUGGGGAGGAGAGUGUGACAGCUACACUGGGGCCUGACAGCGGUGGCAAGGGUUUGUUCAGCCCACUCACAGACACUGUCCCACUCUCUGUGCUCAUCUUAAGCCUGCUUAUUUUUGUCCUCAUGAUUAUAUUCUGCUCAGCAGGGCUGGUGGUGUUUGUAGUACACCGCCGGCGGAGAAGGGCAAAGAAAAAAGCAGCGGAGGAGCAGCCCCGAGAAAACACCAACAGUAGUCCCAUCCACUUACAUUACAGCAUGUACGGGCAAAAAACCACACACCACACUCUGACCCAAAGAACAGGGUCUGCCACCCUGUAUGAAGAGAGAUCGCAUAGUCCUAUCGUCCAGAUCUGUCGCAACCCCACCUACUGCUCCCAGCAUAAGGAACACGACACAGAUUUGGAUUAUAGCCUCGAUGAGCCCAGCACCAAGCACCACGUCUGCCGGAGUAUCAUGGAGAAGGAGAACACUUCUCCUCUCACAGGAAACCCCAGCUCAAAGUUCAGGCCCAUGACUGGAGAGUGCCCUGCAGAGUUCGUCACUCUCGGGAAUCCCAACUCCUUGUACAGGAACAUUCUGGAGAGGGAGAAGGAGCUGCAGCAGCUGGGAAUAACAGAGUACCUUCGGAAAAACAUGCCCCAGCUUCAGUCUGCUGUAGACAGGCAGGUACCAGGGCAUCAGGAAGAGUUAAAGCUAAUGGAGACAAUUAUGUACUCAAGACCACGCAAGGUCAUGCUUGAGCAAACUAAGAAUGAGUAUUUUGAACUGAAGGCUAACCUGCAUACUGAACCGGACUACUUGGAGGUUCUGGAGCAUCAAACUGCAUUUAACUGAGCUUGAGCAGAAAAAAAAAAAAAUAUGUAUUAUGUUUUGAACCAAGUGCCUUGUCCUGUUUGCCCUCCUGUACGUUCCACAGUGUGAAAUAUGUAUCAUGGGCACAUCACUUUAAGUUCAACUGUAGCACAGAAUGUAACUGAUUUAUUCUUUGUUACCUUUUAUCUGUUGACCGCCAUGUUAUGUAGCUGGUAAAAGGUGUCAAAUUUUUUGGGCCAAAUCUUACUUAAAGAAGCUAUCGCUGUCUGUCGAGCAGGCCUGGGUUGAAACCGUUUUUGGAAUCCACUCAAUCAGCCUUUUGUAAUUGAUUAACUUUCCAUGGCGUUACUACAGCCAAAUGAAUUGAUCCACGCAGUGUACAACCCCCCCCCCCCCUCACAUCUGACAUCCAGACAGGAUAAAGCAGAUGUUUGGUAAGAAGUGAGUGAAUUUCAAUCACUGCUUGACCCAGAAUUGCUGUUUAAUCAGUCUGUCCUGACUCUGGCUAUGACCUGAUUACACCCUCUGUCAACAUAAAGCCAGCUGGAAUGCUGUUAACCAGAAUGCUCAUUGUGCCGUAGAGUGUACAUUGGAAAACAGCGAUAGGAGUUUGGUUCCACUGCUCUUCUCCUGUGAGUUCUUUGAAUCAACCCAUUACACUGCACAUUUGCAGUCAUGGGAUCCUUAUUUAUUUUUAUAUAAGCUGGUGAUGUUCAUAGAAAUGAUUUUUUUUUUUUCUCAAUCAGUAAAUAGAGCACUUAAAGUACAGUAUAUAACUCACAACUGUAAUCGUGUAAAAAUGCAUUGCACUGAUCAAAUGCCAUAAGAUGGUGCAUGACAAUCAGAGUCCUGCUGAAACUUUUAAUUUUUUUUAUUUCUUUUUUUUUUUUUUAUUUCUGCCAGAAAAAAUGAGCCACAAAUGUGUAUGAUCUUUCAGUGUGUGCUUAUGUGUGAGGGGUAGAAAGAGAGAGAGAUUGUUUUUCAUGUUACUAUUUUAUGUCUGACAAUACUCACACAGCAUUCAGGAGCAUCGCUCCUUCCUCUCUGCUGACAUCGGCUGAUCUGGAACUGUUUUUGAACUGACUACAGACGGGGCACAUUAAUCUAUUAGCACACGAAUGGUUACUGGAGGGCAACGUUGCCCAAAAUCGUGCAACCUGCCAACUGACUUCAGCCAACUUUUCUCUGUUUCUCAGCUCAUAUUGAAAGCGGUGGACUGCUGGCGACUGACAUUUUGCAAUGUGGACAUUGUCACUGUUCAGGAUUUAAACUCUCCAUUUAUACACUCCAUUCAUGCUCUUGGAAGCUCAUUCAACUUUGAAACGGUACAUGUAAGCACACACUCUGUAGCUUUUCUACUUAACUAGAUUUAAUUAUUUAUUCUGUAUAUUUUGUAUAUACUUAUGUUCCAUUAUAUCUGGUUAUUGUGUGCCUUCAGUGCUGUACAGAAUAUAAACAGAAGUUGUAAGUGAUAAAC